AUGGCCGAGCUGGCCGCGACCGAGCCCCCCGGCCCACGGGCGGCCUUCGGCCCCUCUCGCAACGGCGGCGAGAGGCGCACGAACGCCCCGGACGCUGCCCAGGAGACACAGUUGAGGUCAAUGGAUUUGAAUCACGUCAUCGCACUGCUCAAAGACUCGGGCUCAAAAGAUUUGGAAAAAGAGCAGCUGAAAACUCUCAAGAAGGUUGUCAAGCAUUUUGAAAAUGGACUUCCCCUUAAGGAUGUAAUACAAAUUACUGCAAUUCUUAACCUGUGUGCAGAAAAAAUGAGAGAACAAGAAGCUUUCACUGAGCCUUUAUGUGAACUUAUUAAAUUGUUUGGGUUACCAUUUCAAAAAAAGAAAUCAUCUGAUGAAGUUAACUAUUCCGUUGAAGUUUCACAAUCCAUUGCACAACUGGGUUACUUGAUGCUAGUGCCAAGCUCUCAAGUUAAAAUACAAAUCUGUAAGAGCAUUGUUAGCUUUUAUAAUAUGGAGCUACCAGGAAAACUACUUUCAGGUUACCAGCCGACAAAUCCAAACUAUAAAAUCCAGAUGGCUGAAAUAGGAGGAUUAGCAGAAAUUCUUGUUUUGUCACUAGCAUUAGUUGAAAAUCAACUUACUGAGAAGUUGUGGGUACUUAAAGCUCUCCAGCAUCUUUCCACCUCUGGAAUAAGUUGUGGACAAAUGGUGAGGGCCCAAGCAGCCAGCAGGCUUUGUUUGUGUCUAAACGGUGCUGAUCCCUCGGGACAGCUGUUGUUCCGUUCCUCAGAUAUCCUAUGGAACCUGCUAGAAAAAGCCUCAAAAGAAGAAGUUGUUGAUCAGCUCAGAAGCUUGGAAUGUGUACAUGCUUUGAAAGAUGUAUUUGUAGACCUCAUGUGUGGCUUCCGGCACUGCGAUCAUCAGCUACGGAAUGACCUCUUGGUGAUUGCCACAUUACUAGCUGAAGAACCUGCAGUACCUAUGAUUGAAAGUGGAUUUGCAAAGAUCUUAAUAGUACUUGCAACAUGUACUGAAGUUAAACUUCCCAAUCCUUUGGUAAAAGGUUUUAAACUUACCUACUCAUACGAGGAUUUUGAGAUGAAGAAGUUACUAUUUAAUGUAAUAGGAAUCUUAUCUAAAGACCCAUCUGCUACACAGCUUCUCAGAGAAAAUCAUGUGAUGCCAGCUUUGCUUUAUUAUGUAAAACAGAAUCGAAAGCCUGGAUUUCCUGACUGGUCUGCUUCUCAAUAUGAAGAAUUACAGCUUCAUGCAAUUGCUGUUUUAGCUUCAGUGGCUCCUGUGUUAGUAGACAAAUAUUUGUCCUGCCAAGCAAAUACUCUUCUCCUUAUGUUUCUAGAAUGGUGUGCAGGCCAAGAUCCUUUCUUUGGUCGAGGUAACAGUUUCCAUGGAAGAGGUGGUUGUGGCAACAAACUCCCACAAAUGCACUACAGCCUCCGAGCUCUGAGAUCUGUUGUGGCCCUUUAUCAUGAUGCUGUGAACAUUGAUUUGUGUGACCAGGGAGCAAUUAGCCAGCUACUGGACAUCUUAAAGUAUGCAGCAGAGAAGUGUAAAGAAAAAGAAGAUACCGUUCUACUGGAAAUCCAAGCUGACAUAUUAUUUAUUUUGUCUGUUCUCUGUGAAAGCGAUGUCCACAGAAAGGAACUCUUCAGCUGUGAAGGAAUUGGUAUACUCAUCUCAUUCUUUAAGAUGGAUCCAAGGAAGUUAUGUAGUGGAUUAGGCUACAAUUGUCUCCUCCUCAGUGCACUCGACUGCUUAUGGUCCUGUGUCAUUGGAUGUUACAUGGCAGAGGACUAUUUUAUUGAUCAACGGGGCGUUUUUCUCCUUCUGGAUUUGUUGGCAUUAAAGGAAAAGAACCUGUGCAAUAUAAUUCUUGGGAUCUUGGUUGAAUUAUCUGACAACUGUGAAGCUGCUUUGCACAUGAACGUGUGGCAAGGGAAGAGAGAACAAACAGCAGCUAAUCUUCUAAUACAGUUAUGGAGACAGGAGGAGUUGGAUUUGGGAGUCAAACGUGAUCAAUAUGGAAAGAUUGUUGACACCAAGAGACCUAUUGCUACCAGCUUCCAGAAACAGCAAAAAGUUUUUCCAGUGCCUGCCAGCUGUCCCAGUUUUGCCAUCAUGGAAAUUUCAGAGAGCAUACGGGCAAAAGUUUAUUCAUUAUUUUGCAAGCUAGGUUUUGAAAAUUUGCCUGGCUUAUCUGCUAAGGAUUUGGUUACACUUGCUAUUAUACAACGUUAUAUUGACUUUAAAAUUGGAGAGGUUUGGAGUGAAAUAUCUUCAGAAAUAAAAGAAGAAUUCAGGCCUGUUACAUCAGAUGAGAAAGCCUUAAAACUUAUUUCAGAGGUGUCAGAAAAUACUGGAAGAAUGGUUCUUGCUCUGCAGACUGCAGUGCUGGAAAGACAACACCACGAGGAAAUCCAGGAAGAGAAAAAAACUUACAAGGAAAUUCAAGCUACCCGAAUACAGAGAGACCUGACAAAUAAAUCUUGGGAAAAUUUCUUGGCUCGGACAUCAAACUAUGAGGCAUUGAAGAAAGCAAAAAUGCUUCAGAACAAAUUAAUAGAGGCUUCCAAAUAUGACGCAGAGUUUCAAAAUAGAACAGAACAUUCUACUGAUAUUCCAAAACUCCAAGUAACAAACAAGAAGAGUCAAAGAAAGUCAAGAAAAAUCAAUCUGUGACCACCUUUGUAAUAUCUAACAUACCUGAAAGCUGCAUAAAAGCUUGGAUUGAAGAGGAAAUCCUUAAAGCAGA